AUGUGGCGACUGCUAGUCGUAUGUCUACUAUUGGGGACGCUGGAAGCCGUGGACCGGCAAAACUUCAAAACGUGCGAUCAAUCGGGUUUUUGCAAGCGCCAUCGAGCGGUCACAUCGCCGACUGGAUAUGAAGUUGUACAAGAUUCUAUCAACAUCAACGACACUGGGCUUUACGCACUCCUCAAAAACAAAGAUACUACACUGAAACUAACUAUUGUGACAUUGCAAGACUCCACAGUUCGAGUGCUCAUUGAUGAGAACGAAGCAGCGCUUAGAAAACGAUACCAGCCUUUGGAAGCAUUAGUUGAAAGAGAGCCAAAACAGCAAAAGGUUAAGAAAACCAAAGAAGAAGCCUCUGUCACAAAAAUUCUGACCACAGACGGGAAUCGUGUUGUGCUUCAACACAAACCUUUCCGAGUGGAUUUUUAUGUGAAAGACAAAAUUGUCUCAUCUAUAAACGCCAAGGAAACGCUUCAUUUUGAAGUUUUCAAGAAAAAGGUUUUAUUGACAGAUAGAGAAAAAGGAUUCUGGGAGGAGACAUGGAAAGAUAUCAAGGACACAAAACCACACGGAUCGUCAUCAGUCGGUGUGGAUAUUGCUUUUGUGGGAGCUAAGCACGUUUUUGGAAUUCCGGAACAUGCUGAAAGCUAUUCUCUGAGAGACACCAAGGCCUAUGAACCAUACCGCCUGUAUAAUUUGGAUGUGUUCGAAUACGAGACCAACUCUCCAAUGGCUCUCUAUGGAUCCAUUCCUUACUUGGUUGGAGUUCACCAGAAACGAUCAGUUGGAGCACUUUGGCUGAAUGCUGCUGAAACUUGGGUUGACAUCGAACCAACAACUGCUGACAAGGGGCGACUUACCAAAGAAGUUUUGGAUGCCGACACCAAACCAAGGCAAGUUCCACAGCACAACGCUCGGUUCUAUUCCGAAUCUGGUCUUAUCGACAUCUUCAUCACUCUUGGACCACAGCCAAACGACAUUUUCCGUCAGUUAGCCGCUCUCACGGGAGUCACACCUUUGCCACCAGCAUUUGCUUUGGGAUACCAUCAGUCUAGAUGGAACUACAAGGACCAGAAAGAUGUCAAGGAAGUUCAUGAAGGAUUUGUAAAGAAUGAUAUCCCACUUGAUGUACUUUGGCUUGAUAUUGAGCACACCGAUACAAAAGCGUAUUUUACUUUUGAUAAGGACAACUUCGCAAAGCCAGAAGAGAUGAUCAAGGAUCUUUCUGAACAGGUGUGUCUCCAAAUUGUUGGAUUUUUGAACCAUCACUUACUCAGAACCGUAAACUCAUCACAAUUGUUGACCCACAUAUCAAGAAGGACUCCAAAUACUACAUUUACAAGGAGGCGAAGAAAAAUAUUUCAGAAAUAUCUUGUCAAAGACGCAAAGGAUGCAAUUUACGAGGGAAAUUGCUGGCCCGGAGAUUCUACUUACAUUGAUUUCUUAAACCCAAAUGCUCGCAAAUGGUGGUCGGACCAAUUUGCAUUCGAUAAGUACAAGGGAACCAGCAAAGAUGUGCAUAUUUGGAAUGAUAUGAACGAGCCAUCGGUUUUCAACGGACCAGAAAUCACCAUGCACAAAGAUGCGAAACAUCAUGGUGGAUUCGAGCAUAGAGAUGUGCACAAUCUUUACGGAUUCCAUCAACAUUCUUCAACUUUCGAGGGAUUGAAGGCCAGAAGCAAUAAUGAAGUUAGACCAUUUGUACUCUCGCGAUCAUUCUUUGCCGGAUCUCAGAGAACCGCUGCUGUCUGGACCGGAGACAACAAGGCAGAUUGGGCUCAUCUCAAGCAAUCCAUUCCAAUGCUUUUGUCCUUAUCCACUGCUGGACUCCCAUUUGUUGGCGCUGAUGUUGGAGGAUUUUUCGGAAAUCCAGACGAGGAACUUUUAGUCAGAUGGUACCAGGCAGGAGCAUUCCAGCCGUUCUUCAGAGGACAUUCUCAUCAAGAUACCAAAAGACGGGAACCAUGGCUUUUCGCUUCUAACACAACUGACGCUAUUCGUAAUGCUAUCAAGACUCGUUACGCCUUCAUCCCAUACUGGUACACAUUGUUCUAUGAGCACGCGAAAACCGGAAAGCCAGUAAUGAGACCAUUCUGGAUGGAAUUCAUUGAAGACGAGCCAUCAUGGGAUGAAGAUAGACAAUGGAUGGUUGGAAAUGGACUUCUAGUCAAACCAGUUCUUGAAGAAAAGGCUAAAGAGCUUUCCAUUUAUUUACCAGGAAAGAGACAAGUGUGGUACGAUUGGGAAACUCACAAAGCCCGUCCAUCUCCUGGAGCUGUUCAGAUUCCAGCUGAGCUCAACACAAUUGGACUUUAUCACAGAGGAGGAACCAUCAUUCCAAAAUUGUCGGAAGUGAAACUGACCACAAAAGAGAAUCACGAGCAACCAAUCACUCUCUACAUCGCUGUCAACCAGAAAGGAGAUUUUGCCAACGGAACAAUUUAUUUAGAUGAUGGAGAGUCAUAUUCCUACGAGAAGGGAGAUUACGCUUACUGGGGAUUCACUUUCAAGAGAGAGCAUGAUUACCUUCACACCAUCACCAACAAAAAUCUCGAUAAAAACGGAAAGUUCGAUAGUGAUGUGUACAUUGAUAAAAUUGUUAUCCGUGGAGCCAAAUUCUACCCAAGAAAUGCUCACAUUUUCCUUGACGACUUCUCUCCCGAAGACCUUGAUUUUGAGUUCAACCGCGAAAACUUUGUUAUGGAAAUUGCCAAUCCAGGAGCAUUUGUCACCAGAGAGUUCAGAAUUGACCUUCAUUCAUAA